CUGUUUGUGAUUGGGUAAAGUAUGUGUGUGUGUGUGUGCCUGUUCGUGUUUAAUAUAAAAACAAACUUUCGGACCCUUCUGGGCGAUCAAAUCAGUGUAACGUCUCCAUUUGGCUUCAGCUGUUGUUUGGACUUCCAUUCUGUCCAGCUCUAACAUGGUGCGCAAAGUGGCAGUGAUCGGUGCAGGCCCGUCGGGUCUGAGCGCAGUCAAGUCUUGUUUGGAUGAAGACUUGCAUCCAACCUGCUUUGAGAGCAGCGACGACCUUGGAGGACUAUGGAAGUUCAAGGAGGUGUCCGAGCCCAACCGCGCCAGCAUCUAUCGCUCUCUCACCAUCAACAUCUCCAAGGAGAUGAUGUGCUACAGCGACUUCCCCAUCCCGGCCGACUUUCCCAAUUAUAUGCACCAUUCCAAAAUCCUCAACUACUUCCGCAUGUAUGCCGAACACUUCAAACUGCUGCAGCACAUCCGUUUCCAGACAUUGGUAAAGAGCGUCAAACCGAGGCCGGAUUACACCCGCACGGGCAAGUGGGAGGUGGUGACGGAGAAGCGGGACGGGAAAGAGGAGACGCACGUGUUCGACGCCGUCAUCUGUUGCACGGGCCACUACACUUACCCCAACUUGCCUCUGCGGGACUUCCCGGGACUGGACACUUUUCAAGGCCGCUACUUCCAUAGCUGGGACUACAAGGGCCCCGAAGAAAUGCAUGGCAAGCGCUUGGUGGUCGUGGGCAUCGGCAACUCGGGCAGCGACAUCGCCGUGGAGAGCAGCAAAUUUGCCGAGCAGGUGUACAUGAGCACCCGGCGCGGGGCCUGGGUGAUCCGCCAGGUGUCGGACGAUGGCAUUCCGGUGGACAUGAAAUACAACACGCGCUUUGUGCACAUUCUGUUCCAACUCUUCCCCAUGAGGUUUUUCAACUGGUUCGGCGAGAAGAAGCUCAACGCCAUGUAUGACCACACCAUGUACGCCCUCAAGCCCAAACACAGGCUUUUCAGUCAGAUCCCGGUGAUCAACGACGACCUGCCUUUCAAGAUCCUGUCGGGUUCGGUGAUCAUCAAGCCCAAUGUGAAAGAGAUCUGCGGCUCGUCUGUGUUUUUUGAGGAUGGCAGCGUCGCAGAGAAGGUAGAUACCAUCGUGUUCGCCACUGGUUACAACUACGACUUCCCGUACUUGCCCGCCAACAUUCUGUACAAGUCGGGCCACCGUGUGGGUCUGUACAAGCACGUGUUCCCUCCCACCUUGGAGCAUCCCACCCUGGCCGUGGUGGGCUUCAUCCACGCCCUCGGAGCCAUCAUGCCGCAGGCCGAGAUGCAGGCGCGUUGGGCCGUGCAGGUCUUAAAAGGACGUAAGAAGCUGCCCUCGAGCCAGGUCAUGGUGAAGGCUGUGGAGAAGGACACCAAAAGCAUGAAGCAAAGCUACAUCGUGUCCAAGCUGACCCCCCUGCAAGUGGAUUUUGUGACCUACAUGGAUGACCUGGCGGGCGAGAUUGGGGCCAGGCCCAGCCUCCUGUGGCUUCUCCUCACCGACUACACGCUGUUCAAGGAGGUCCUGUGGGGGCCCGUCACCGCCUACCAGUACCGUCUGACGGGGCCCGGCAAGUGGGACGGUGCCCGGCAGGCCAUCCUCACUCAGUUCCAGCGCAUGUUCGAACCCCUGAAGACCAGGAAGGUGGAGGAAGCGAACACGACAAGCUUAGAUGGCCUAUUCAAGUUGAGCCUGACGCUGGUGGCGGGAGGAGCGGCGGUCUACUACAUGCACGUUCGAGAGCCCACCCUCUUGCCCAACCUCAUCUCCAAACUUUCCCCCCAAAAAAUGUGAACCACUUUCAGUCUCAGUUUUUAUUUGUUGUUUGGGGUUUCUCCCCUUUUCAUUUUAACUUCACAGCAAAUUCACAAGGAGAAACCCAAAGCUAAAACACAUUUAGCUAAAGCACAUUUAUGUUUUAGCAAUAAAGCGAAAAGAGGCAUGACUUGAGCAACGACAAACACCCAUCAGUCACAUGUUCCAGUAUUUUUGCUUACUUCAAAUGUGGGUGGCUUACAAAACAAAAGACGCCCUGUCCUUACUUGUUUAACACAUCUAAAUCGAAAUACCGCAAAUUAAAAGCUGAAAUUC